AUGCCGGAUCUAGUUAUGAGAGAAAUAUUGAACAAUCUUGAUUUCGUGUCAAUUUGCAAACUUCGAAGAGUGUGCCACGCGUUCCGUGACUUUAUCGAUUGUGUAAAACCAGACAAUAACUUGAAUUCCAUCGACCUACAAGUGGAGGCGGAUAAGAUUGUUGGACGUGUAAGAGUGCAGAAAUCAUCACCCUCAUUAUUAUCCAAACCUGUCAAGUUUGACUACAAAGAGAAGGGUGAUCGCUGUGUUGUAAGAAGUGGUGGCCGAAAGGAUAUCUUCCCGAAAAACUUUGUGGAUAUGUGUAUUGACGAUUUCCUUUGGUGUGCACUAACAUGGAAUGGGGGCAGUCAAAAUACAUUCCAUGUAAAACAUCAAAAAUCCGUUCUCGGCGAGCUAUGUGUCACAAAAAAAUCACUUUUUGAUAAGAACGAUAAACCUGUUCUACAAACCGCCGGGAAGUUUGUUGUACCAGCUUUCGACAAAGUAUUUGAUGGUUUGAUGGAGAUUUUGGAAUCAAGAGAUCGCUUACUGCAAGUCGAAUCGUUGAAAAUGUCAGUACAUGGACAAGAGCAACUGAUGCAAUUGCUUACUCAUGUUGAUUUGAACGUAUUAAAAAGUCUGCAAGUCUUCAGACUAUUGGAAACAAAGAGUAUUUCGGAUCAUGGUGAAGAUAACAGCCAGUUCGUUUUGGAUCUCGAGAUACUAAAAGAUUGUAAAAAUCUGGAACACCUUCGUGUCACUCGCUUCUCCAUAUCCUCUCCAUUCCGCAUGUUUACUCAUAUCCCUAAUCUGACAGUUAACAUGCAAACAGUCUACUGUGAAGAUGUAAUACGCUUCAAAAAUACCAUGGAAAAUUCGGACAUCAAUGCUCACUCGGAAAUCCGAUUCGGACAAUUUCCCGACAAAUUUCGUUUUUUGGAAGCUAUUGGAUUGGCGCAAGACGGAGGAGGCAUAGUUUUCCCCAGUAAACUCUCUCUAACAUACUGGCCUGCUUCGAAAAGUUUGAAUUUUAGUUGGAAACACACUUCAUAG